AUGCCAGUUGGAGCUCGAGAAUUGGCUGAAAUGAAGAGGACGGACGACAAGAAGGACACGGUGACUAUCCGGGCGGUAAGCCGGGACGAGGAACGCAAGAAGAAGGUGGAGAAGCUGGAGCUUCACACCCACAACAUCGACACCAUCAAGUACGUGGAGAAGAAGCUCUUCGACAAGGGCGUGCACAAGAUGGAGCGCCACCCUACGGACGGGCUCCCGUUGAACCGGCCGCCGCCGAAGUCGGGGCACGGCGGGAAGUUCACAUGGGAGGGCCCGGCGGCGGAGCCGGAUAACGAGCUGGAGCCGCUGCCGCCGGCGAUAGACGAGAGGGACCCCAACUACGUGGACGAGGAGGCGGAGAAGAGGGCGGCGGCGGAGGCGGGUGGGGCCGUGAUCGGCGAGGUUGAGGCACCCAAGGCGGCGGAGGCAAGGGAAGGGGUGGCGAGGGUUGAGGUUGAUCCUCGGUUGAAUGUUUAG